AAUUAUUUUUGUGUUGUGGUUUUGUUAACAAUUUUAAUUUGCGAUUUUGUGUGCUAUGAACGAAAAUAAAGAAAAAGACAAGAAAAAGUCGCGAGUUCCUCGAGCACGGAGAUCUGCGAAUUGGUCGGCGGAGGAGACGUUGCGCUUUGUGCGCGCACUUGUUGAUGUCGGUCGCGAUGGCAUUUUAAAUCAGGCGACAAACGGUUGCACGCCAGAGCAACGGGCCCAGGAGUAUCGGAAAAUCGCGAAUAUAUUGAACGCCGAGCGCGCUUCUACGGGAAUUGUUCGCGAACCACUACAUCUGCAGAAUCGGUUCAAGCAAAUAAAGCAGUAUUUGCAGACAUAUUCGACAUGGCAGUGGCAAGUUUCAAUGGGAACUGGUGGCGGACUUGCGAAACCCAUGCCAGUGUCUUUAACCCGAUAUGGUAAUUUAUGGAAGUUCGGCAAACAGCAAAGAGCACUCACUGCUGAAUACGGAAGCAUUGCCCGAAACACAAAUGCCGGAUGA